CGUAAAGUUUGUAGAAAAGGCCGUUCUUACCCGUGUGCAGUCUGGAAAAGUGGGACACCUCCGGAGACCCAGUGACCGUGCACGAGACCAGCUCGCGCCGCUGGACUUCACCUGUACGCGCGCGUGCACGGAGGAAUGGCCGUGCACGUCAGGUGUCCACAGGUAACGCGCUCGGCACACCUUUUAAGUACGUCACACAACGGGACACCUCUGAUUUGAGCUCCGGAGCGCUGAGACAGACCUGCAGCUCCGAGGGACACCGGCCCUUCCCCUGGACUGUACCCGCCCUGCUGCACUCUGGAGCGGGCACUUCUGCUGCGAUCUCCCGCUGGAACCAUGGAAGAGAAGACGGAGUUCCCCCAAGUGCUGCUUGAGAGCGUUCGUGAGGCUCUGGGUCGAGGGGUGAAGGUCGAACUAAAGGUCCAAGUUCAGCUGGAGAUCAAGGACAAAGUGGAGAAUCGAGUCCUGGUUUUGGCUCCUCACCGACUCUUCCUCCUCACAUCUCGAGUUCCCUCUAAGGUGGAGCAGUCGUUUAGUCUGUUGGAUCUACAGGGAGUCAGCAGCAACAAGCCCACCCAGCUGGUUCUGGAGCAUGACAGGGGCUUCUGGGUGCUGCGUUCUUCUGUUCUGGACGUGGAUGACAUCAUCGCUCACAUCGGCCUGAGCCUUCGCAAGAUCUGCCCCAACUAUGCCCUACCGAAGUUGUUGAAGAAGCUGAGCCUGAAACCUCCAGAGAGAACAGAGCCCCUCCUGGAGAGAUGGGAGAAUGCGCCAGAGCUGGGGCCCUGUGGAGGAUUCUCUCUUCAGUACUGGGUCAUGUGUGAUCACUUGGGGCUGCCAUACAGAGACGAGGUCCAAUGGGACGUUGACACCAUUUAUUUAACCCAGGACACCAAAGAACUGAACCUGCAAGACUUUAUCCACCUGGAGAACAAAGACCUGAUUCCAAUUAUUGCAGUUCUUGAACACAAUCAGUGGUUCACCAAACUCUCUAUCAAAGACUACAAACUGCCGGCAGACGUUUGCGAUCAGCUCCUUCGCGUCGUUGCUCGCUCCAGUCGUUUAGAGGAACUGGUCCUGGACAACGUUGCCCUCCGGAGUGACUUUGCUCAGAAGUUGGCUCUUGCUCUGUCCCAUAACCCGGCCUCUGCUCUGCACUCUCUCACACUCUGCAACAACUCCCUUGAAGACAAAGGUAUAUCAGCCCUGAGUUCCCAGCUGGCGAAACUUCCUCUGGGGCUAAAACAGCUGAACCUGUCCAGGACCGGACUCUCUGCUAAAGGAGUGAACAGUGUGUGCCAGGCGCUCAGCUCAAACCCUGUGGUUGGCUCCAGUUUGAAGAAACUGGACAUGUCUGAGAACUCUAUGAGAGGAGACGAGCUGCAGCAGUUGCAGAGUUUUCUGUCUCAGCCGAACUCUUUGAAGACGCUAGAUUUGUCCCACAGCGACUGCUCCCUGGAACAGGUCUGUUCAUCUCUGCUCAGAGGAAGUCUGCAGCACCUGUCGGUCUUGAACUUGUCCAAGUGUGUGUUCUCCCACAGAAAGUCUAAGGAGAUCUCGUCCGGGUUCAAACUGUUCUUCAGCUCGGCUCUGAGUCUGAGCUCUGUGUCUCUGUCAGGAACAAAACUGCCCCUGGACGCACUCAAGGCUCUUCUUUUGGGUUUGGGCUGUAACCCAAACCUCAGUGAUGUGUCUCUGGACCUCAGCGGCUGUGACUUGCGUUCUGGCGGCUCUCAGAUUCUGGAGGGAUGCAUCGCCGAAAUCCCAAACAUUACGAGUCUGGACAUUUCCGACAAUGGCCUGGACAUGGACCUAGUGACACUCCUCGUGUGGCUCUCCAAAAACCGCUCCAUCAGACACUUGGCUCUAGGCAAAAACUUCAGCAACAUCAAAACCAAAAACUUGUCACAGGUUUUGGAUAAUCUGGUGCACAUGAUCCAAGAGGAGGAUUCACCCCUCUCUUCUCUCUCAUUGGCUGACUCACGUUUGAAGGCAGAGCUCUCGAUCAUCCUAAACGCUCUGGGCUCCAACUCCUCUCUCACCAAACUGGACAUCAGUGGGAACGCCAUGGGGGACAUGGGCGCCAAGAUGCUCGCCAAAGCUCUGCAGAUCAACACCAAACUGAGAACGAUCCUUUGGGACCGGAACAGUGUGAGCGCACAGGGACUGCAGGACGUAGCCUCAGCGCUUGAGAAGAACUACACGAUACGCUUCAUGCCUGCUCCCAUCAUAGACGCGGCUCAGGCUCUGAAGAACAACCCAGAGAAAACUGAGGACGCUCUGCUAAAGAUGGAGCAGUAUCUCCUAAGGAACCAUGAGACUCGUAAAUAUCUACAGGAGCAAGCCUACAGACUGCAGCAGGGCAUCGUCACCACAACAACACAACAGAUGAUGGACUCUGUGUGUGUGAAGGUCCAGGACCAUCUGAACUCUCUGAGAUUUUGUAAGUCUGGUGCUAUUCAGGAGGAUGUGAGGAGAGCACAGAGCCUCAUGAGGGACGCACGACACUCCAAAACGCUCCUGCCGAAUCUGUACCACCUGCAAGACAGUGCCUCCCGGGGACCGUGUGUGGGAGCGAUCCAGGACACUCUGGGGUCUAUGGCUGGAGAAGUGUUCCAAGUCCUGGACCAGCAGCUGCAGUCUCUCCUGGAGCAGAUGGUGUCCUCAGCCCAAACCCUCUGUCCCCAUGUGAUGCAGAGGAGCGCGCUGAGGCAGGAGCUGCUGCUCAGGGGAGGCCAGAAGAAGACCAUAUCUGAGAACUUCAUCUGCUCCACUCUCCUGGAGCAGAGUGGAGUUGACAUCAUCAACAAGAUCAGUGAGGUGAAGUUGAAUAUGGCGUCUUCUAUGUCGGAUCGAAUCGUGGAUGAGAUCUUGGAGUCUCUGUCUCAGUCACAACUCACACUGGCAGAGCACGUGAGGGUCAAAGGUCAUCCUCUGGAGCAGGACCGCCCCUUGGAGCCUGAGGUCAUCGAGGAGACUGAACUACAACAGGAAGCAGACAAACAGGAAGAGGAAGUGGUUCUGGACACGAAGCACAUGGAUUCCAACUUGAUGAAGUCUAAGAGGAAGAGUAUCCUGGUGCGGAUGCUGAGGCCAGUGUCUGUGGCGUUUGAGAGUGAGUUUGAUCUGGACAAAGCUCUGGAGGAAGUCCCCAUUCACAUCGAGGACCUGCCCCCUUCUUCUCCUGUCCCCACGCCAUCAGACAAAACAGCCACUCAUCACGCUGGAACGCCGCCCCCUGACCUGCCCCCCCCGGCCCAAGUCCAGACUCUGGAGCAUCACACCAAGUCCAGACCUAAACCCAAGAAACGGAGCAAACCCACAAGAGCAAAGCGUGUGGUGGCGCCCCCUCCUGGUGCAGUGGACACAGAGCAGAGCAGUUUAAUGGAGAAACUGGAUGAAGGAAUCGAUGAAUUCUUCAGCAAAACUGUGUCCAAACUCAGCUUCAAACGUCCUUUGGUGAAGUCAAACUCUCAAGACCCAGAGAAAAAACGAAAGAGUGGAUUCUUCAACUACAUAAAGUCCAGAACAUCUCGCUCCGAAAAGUCCCACGGCUCGGCGGCUGUAAGUCCACCAGCCUCCUCCACAGUGCCCGCUGCUGCUCCGAGCACCACUGCAAGUGCUAGUGUGCCAGAAGAGGAGCUGUCCCCGGUCUCGCCCUGUCCUUCACUGUCUCCGGAUCAGUCCCCCAAAACCAACCAUCAAAUGUACAGAGUUCUGUCACAUGAGGAGGAACAAACUGAGGAGAACCAUCCAAAUGAAUCUGAAGAGACCAGACCAGAGACCAACCCAGAGGCGAGACUAGAGACCAGACCGGAGACCACACCAGAGACCAAUCCAGAGAUCAGGCCAGAGCCCCUCCGAGCCCCUCCCUUCCCGCGCCAUAUGGGGGUGCCAGUUCUGGGGAUGGGGCUAAUGGCUGAGAUGAAGGCCAAACUGGCAGCUCAGAAGUCUGAGACAAAAACCAAACCUGAAAUAAGUGAAGCUGAACGCAAGAACGCCACAGCAGAUAAACCAGAUGCCCCGCCACUCACGUCUACUCUUAAAGAUAUACCGGAUGCUCCGCCGGCCAUGUCUGCUCUUAAAGAAAAGCCAGAUGUCUCACCACCUUCAGACCCAGAGGACUCCAGACCUGAACCAGCCCCAAGAUCUAGAGUCAGGUCUUCCUCCUCCACUGGACUCAAAAGUCCAACCAGUCCAACCAGUCCAACUGUCAGUCUGCAGGAGGAGUUUCCCGUCCCUCCACUUCCCACUCCUCGUCUGAAGAGGGUGUCAUCAGAGCAGGACUGUGGAGUCUCUGUGAUGUCUCCUGUUGACAGUGAGUGUGUGUGUGGCAGCGCUGCAUUCGAGUCCCCAGUGACUGUGGGAAAUGUGGGCGUCGACGGCAGACCCUGGUCGUCCCUAAAGAGAAACCAGAGCCUAGAAGCUCCGGAGAAAGAAGAGCGAGAGAGAGCCAAGUCCCUCCCAGACUACGUUCGCUCGGCAUCUCUGUGUGGCUCUGACCCUGGAUCAGAGGAAGAGCAGAGUGCCUCUUGUGGGUCAGAGGAGGAAGAGGCUCACCCUGAAACAGUAGAGAGUUAGAAACCGACCAGAUCAGAGGAGCCCGGGGCAGGACCGACCAAUCAGAGGAGCUGAGGAGCAGGAAACAAUCACCCAGAGAAGCUGAGGAGCAGAAUUGACCAAUCAAAGGAGCAGAGGAGUCUGUGUAAUCCCUUUGUCGUCCAGGUCUGAUUCAUAAUAAAAGAAAAAUAUAAAAUCUCUCAACUGGACAAAACAUUGUAGGAGUGAAGACGUUAGGCUGCUCAUCCAAACCGCUUUUUCACUUCUGGUCAGAUUACUGCUGGAAACUGCCUUAUAUCUGUCUGAAGGGAGGGGUUAACUACACUGAAACUGUAAACAGCUUUUGUUUACAGUGUUGUUGGCUAGGUCUUUUGAGCUACCCUAAGUGUGCACAGUGCCUGAGAUAUAUGUGUUGUGUAUAUGUUUUUUAACAAAAUCCCUAAAUUCCCUGUUAUAGAGAUAACGGGUUUUUUUUUGUAAAAUUAUUUUGAUAAUUUUUGAAUUAUUAUAACAGAGAGACAGCUAAGGAUAAGUUUUCAUUUGUUUACAACUCAAUUUCACCAAAAUAUUAAGGAGUGACUGAACAAAUUCUCUGCAAAAUGAGACUGAAUUCUUGUUUUAAAAGUUUGAGGAGUUUAUUUUUGAUUAUUUAAUGUUUUCAUAAUUCUUCCACAUGUUUACAAUUUGAUCAUCCAAAUAUUACAGCAUUUUUAAUUUUUUUUAAACAAAUGAAAAUAUGAUUAGGGUUUUAGCAAGUCACAAAUGCACAGAUUGGGUUUAAUCCUGGUUUAGUCCUGGUUUAGUCCUAAUCUAGUUCUGGUUCAGUGCUAUUUUAGUCCUCAUUUUUAGUCCCCAGGUUUACUCCUAAUUUACUCCUGGUUUAGUCAUGGUUGAGUCCUGGUUUAGUCCUGGUUCAGUCCUGAUUCACACAUAUUUACUGGGACCUUAUAUAAUAAUUUUCAAAAAUAUUUAAAUUACUUGUGUUAAAUACAUUUUGCAACACAACGAACAAAGGCCUUUUAUAUUUUACAAUUUCACAUUUUAUUACAAAACGACAGAUGUUUUAUUUUGUAAAUAUGUACCGAUGUUAUGUGUAUAUGGAAAUCCUUUAACUGGAGUUUCUCUGGUCUGUAAUCUGAUAAUGACGAGUGUAAUCUGAUUAUGAUGAGAGCGUAAUCAGGUUAUGUUAUGUUGUCUUUGGCAGAGGUGAAUUAUGAGACUGAAUCUGUACAUUAAGUCAAUAAAAGACCCAGUAUUCUGUG